UAUGCUUCUCCUUCUCCCCAGGGCGUGUUAUCUGCAGUAGAUAAACCACCGACUCCUAGAUGUAAAACGGGGAGUACUCCCCCUGUCACUGUCGCUGGCUAUUCCUCCCACGAGCUAGCUCCGAGACCGAUGUUUACAUUGUGGUGCCUGUGGAAGCUGCAGCAUCUCUAGGUCAUUCACCGUUAUACACCAUCAUGGCAGCCGACUACAGUAUCGUCACUGGCUACAUCAAGACGUUCAGUGUCGCCGACUACGUGGUAUUUGCAUUGACUUUGGCAGUAUCUGCAGCAAUAGGAGUCUUCGUGGCCAUCAGAGACCGCAACAACGUCUCCACCGGAGAGUUCCAUUUCGGUGGAAGGAAAAUGCAUGUGAUACCUGUAGCUAUGUCUUUGCUUGUGACGUUUCUCUCGGCAUUGACUCUGCUGGGAACUCCAGCCGAAGUGUACAACUACAACACGAUGUUCUGGUGGAUAUGUCUGGGAUAUCUUGUGUCAGUCGCAGGGGCUACGUGGAUUUUCAUACCUUUUUUCUACGAACUUGGGAAUACAAGUAUUUUUGAGUACCUGGAGAUCCGCUUCGGGAGGGGCAUGCGGCUGGCAGGUUCCCUCACCUUUAUUCUACAAACGAUGAUCUACAUGUCCUUCUUCAUCACCUGA